GCGAUACCCUGCCUCCGAGCGCAGAACUACAUUUCCCAGCGGGCAUCGGGCUCGGGGUCCCUUUCCCUUGGCCUGGGCGUCCCGAGUCGCCACCGGCGCGAGCGCUGGUGAAUAAGCUUUCCAAAAUGUCCAGCAAAGAAUCUUGUGGAAAAAAAGAGAAAUCUCAGAGAAAAGGCACCGCCCCAUCACCCAAUGUUGAUGAAGAAGAUAAGAAAGAGAAAAAAACCUCAGCAAACUUUACUAGUUCAGCUUGUUCUGUAAUAUCGGUUUCAACAGAGAAGAGAAAACUGAAAUCAGAUCAUACAGAUAUUCUGUACUGUAGUAUAAAAAGAAGACAAGAACUGAAAAGACUGAAUGUAGAAACUGACACUCCAAGAAAGAGACCAAAAAUUAGUUCUUCAUCCCAAGGACUUGUUAAACUCCAAGAAACAUCAUACUCAAAUGAUAAUCAAAUUAUUUCUCAGAGUCCUUCUUCAAAUGGAACUAAAAAAGGUAUAAGUAAAUGUGUAGAUUUUAAAGUUAAAGAUAUUAAAUUGACAAAUGUUAAGAGUGAGCUGGACCACGGAAUUAAAAACUUUAGCAGUCCUAAGAUUGCCAAAGAUGUGAGACCUAAAGCUGAAGGCCAGGCAAGUGAAAAAAAAUGGCCUCAUUUACUUGCUCAGAGGGAGAAGAUGAAGGAACUCAAGAAAGAAAGGUACAAAAAAUUUAGAGACAGUUCUGAAAAAUAUGUUUUGGAGAAAUGCAAGAGAAUCCAAUUUUCUCAGGAUUAUAAGUCCAACAAGAUAAUUAAGGAACCCCUCGAAUCUAGAAGAAGAAAGAUCAAUUUCAAAAUCCUAGGAGAAUCCUGUGAAACCCUCCAGAAGCUUGUAGAAGAAAAUGUCUUCAGUUUAGAUUCUAACAAGUUAAAGACUAAGCAGGAGAAAAAAGAAUGCCUGGAAGGCUCCCAGGUUUCGUUAAAUUUGACAAGGCACAAAAGUGAACAUUUAUUUUCAGAUUCCACGUAUAAGCAGACUGUUCGUGAGUGGGAAGGAAAAUAUCAUGAGCAUCAAAGAAGUAAUGAUUCAAGUUCUAGUGAAAUCCUAACCCAGAGUUUUGAAGCACCAUGUUCUUCAGUGUCACUUGAAAGUAUUCAAGAUACAGAUCAAGAGAUGCAGAUAGUAGAAGAGCUUCACGCUGCACGUAUGGGAAAAAGUGUGGAUUUACCUGUGGUUCCACCUUCUGGAGAGUUAACAAGUAUGGAGAUUGACUUGGUGGAAGAUGAUGUACAUUCCUCUUCUGCAAAUACUGCUUCAGACAAAAAGCUUUUAAUUGUUGUUGACACAAAUAUACUGAUGAAUCAUCUCAAAUUUGUUAGAAUUUUGAAGACAACAGAAAUCCAAGGCUUUGACAGGCUUGUGUUAAUAAUUCCCUGGGUUGUUGUGCAAGAGCUGGAUCGUAUGAAGGCAGGAAAAUUACUGAAACGUGCCAAGCACAAAGCUAUACCUGCAGUUCAUUUCAUCAAUGACAGUCUCAAAAAUCAAGAUAGAAAGCUAUGGGGUCAAUCAAUACAGCUUGCAUCUCAAAAACUUUAUGGAUUGAGCGAUGAGAACAAUGAUGAUCGUGUAUUAAAAUGCUGUCUUCAGUACCAAGAAUUAUUCCCUUGUUCUCUUGUUAUUUUGUGCACGGAUGAUAGAAAUUUAAGAAACAAAGGCCUAAUAAGUGGUGUGAAGUCACUCAGUAAAGAAGAAUUGAGUGCAGAAUUAUUAAACUUAUCUCUGAACACAGUUGUAUGUCAUCAGCCUUGUAUAUCUAAACAACAAUUGAAAGCAGAAGCAACACCUUUAGAGAAGAGCUGUGAGGAGGAAUCUACAAACUCUGGACUAUGCAUUCUACUUGAAAGCAUUGUAUCUGAUCUCAAAAAAUCUCUUGGAACAGCUUUAUCUUCAAUAUUAGAAACAGAAAUGAAAAUUGCUUUUGGAAACCUUUGGAUGGAGGUGCUGUACUUGAAACCACCAUGGACUUUAAUACAUUUAUUACAGUGCUUUAGAAAACAUUGGUUGGCUGUAUUUGGAUUAGUUAUGGAAAAGAACUUGCUUUUAACUGUUGAGAGCCUAUAUGAAAAUCUCUCUAAAGCUAACAAUGCAGUGGAUUUUACAACAGUGAAAUUCCUGCUUCAGGAUUCUGAAAGUUUGCUACAUGCUUUCAGUACAAGGUCAAAUUAUGAUGGUAUUCUUCCACAGGCCUUUGCUCAAGUAAACAAACUACUCCAAACAUUUAUAGAGGUCAAGGCAAAACUUAAGCAAAAUCCUUCAAAAAAUACAGCGGGUAAAAGGCAAGAAGAUAAUUCUUUGAUGAAAUCUAAUAACCAAGAAAUCACCGUUUUCUCAGGUUCUCAUCUUCCCCAACCCAACAGGCAUCAAGAGAUCUGGUCUAUCCUAGAGAAUGUUUGGAUUACAAUAUAUCAAAACAGCAUGGAUGUGUUUCAAAGAUUGGGCUCAAAUUCAGCUCUGAUGUCUUCAAAAAUAGCAUCAUUUGAAGAAGCAUUUGUAUAUCUCCAAAAGUUAAUGGAAGCUGUUAAGGAUAUUCUUGAAGGAAUUCAGAGGAUUUUGGCACCCAAUAGUAAUUAUCAAGAUGUUGAGACCCUCUAUAACUUCCUAAUCAAGUAUGAGGUAAAUAAAAAUGUCAAAUUUACUGCCCAGGAACUUUAUGAUUGUGUUUCACAGGCUGAGUAUCGGGAAAAGUUAACCAUCGGAUGCCGCCAGCUGGUAGAGAUGGAACAUACCAUGCAACAGUGCAAUGCCUCUGUCUAUGUGGAGGCCAAAAACAGGGGAUGGUGUGGAGACAUGCUCAACUAUAGAACCUAAGUGCUGAUUUUGUAACUUAGAAGGAACUGCAUCUGUCUUCGAGAACAACAGAGUAGCUUUCAACCUUUUGUGCCAAACCCGGGAGACUUGCAAGAAAUGUCUCAAAUGUCAAUGUCUCAUAGGCACAAAAAGAUGAUUGCCUAUUACCGACAGUCUCAUUGAGGUUCUAAUGCAUCCAUUGUGGGAUAAACUGUGAACUCAACUCGUCUGAAGUUGACUUUACUUCCCUACCUCUACUCCUAAUACUGAGCCAGUGUGUCUAAGGAAAGGAGAGCCAUCUUUUUGGUCAUCUUAGGGCAAGAGCCACUGCGGCAUCUGAGGAAGGCCCAGGACACAGUGUUAGCAUCUCUCUCAACAAUAAAUAUGGGUUUGUGACCAGAGACGUUUCCAAAUCUCAAGAAAGAAUUAGGACGUGACCAUGCUCACCAUAUUCCACAAGAGAAAUCUUACCCUGGGCUGUUUUAUGAUCAAACUGUCUUCCAUGUAGACCUGGUGAAGUAAUACGUAUCCCUUCCACUUCCCCCAAGGUAAGGGAAGUAGAAUUUUGACUUCAGCUCCAACUUGCUACAGUAGCCUCUUUUCUUCCCGGGCCUUGUCACUUUUCAAUGCAUUUCUCGUGGGAACAACAGGGAGGCCCCUCUGCUCAGUGUCCUCGUAAAUGUGAAACAGCAUGGAUUUAUCAGGUAGCAGUGGCUGAUGUUUGCCCCUGGCUAAACCAAGUGUUUAACUGACUUCUUAUUUAGUUAUACCGUAAGUUGGAAAUCCCUGUUUACUAAAGUAUAUUAUGCUUUUGUUAAUACAUUAGAUUAAAUCUAAUUUGGUAUUCUAUUAUAAAUGUUAAUUUAUUUUUUUAAAAAAGCAGUGAAUUAUUUUUAGUGAUUUUGCUUUUCAUUUUACUUCCAAAUUUUGUUUCUGAACUGCAUACAGGUAUGAUUAUAAAAGUGAACCUCCAAUGAAAGAGAACUAUGCAGGAUGCCCACUAGCAGGAAGAAGGAUCCGAUGAGCUUUGUUUGCUUAGAAAGCCACACCUCCUCCUGGGGCUCAAAGUGCCCUCAGGGAUAUGAGCCUGGGUAGGAGAAGCUUCCAGAGCAUCUCUGCUGUCUGCCUCUUUCCUUUUCCUCCCUGAGGAGCCAAGAAAGCAUCCCCUCCCCCUAUCAAAGAUUUCGUCAGACUUUUAUCCCUCAGCUGCUUCUAGUUGUUAUUGAGUUUUGCUCUGCUUUGUUUUUGUUGCUGUUGUUGUUGUUUUGGUCGCAGCUUGCAGGAUCUUAGUUCCCUGACUAGGGAUUGAACGGUGGGCCACUGCAGUGAAAGCGCAGAGUCCUAACCACUGGACCGCCAGGGAACUCCCUGCUGUGCUUCAUUACCUCCCUUUUUCUCUCUUAUCUUUUUAGGAAAUUUCUUUUCACUCCUAUCCUCUGAAUACUUGUACGUAUUUCACCCUAUGCGUGUGGAUUUUAAUUUUAUCC